AUGGCUGCAAACCUGCUGUCGCGAUACCCAUGGGUAUCCAGACCAUUCAUCGUCUGCGCCCCUAUGAAAGUAAUGACCGGUCCGGCACUGGCAGUGGCUGUCUCUCGCGCCGGUGGACUAGGAUUUAUCGGGCCCGGCGCAAAGACCCAAGACACAAACGAAGAUCUCAAGAAAGCAUCAUCGCUCCUCCAAGGCGCCAGCUCAAUAAAAACGAUCAACUCUGCACUCCCCGUAGGUGUAGGGUACCAGCUCUGGGCAGACGACAUCAAUGUCGCCGUUGCUACUAUCGAAAAGUACAAACCGUGUGCUGCCUGGCUAUACGCUCCGAACCAGGGACCCAAACAAUACGAUGACUGGUCUAGCAAGAUCCGUCAAGUAUCCCCUGAGACCCAGAUCUGGAUUCAAAUCGGCACCGUGAAAGAGGCAAAGCAGCUUCUGCAGAACCAUGAGCAACCAGAUGUCGUCGUUGUGCAAGGCUCUGAGUCCGGUGGUCACGGUCGUGCCAAUGACGGAAUGGGCCUUAUGGCUCUGUUUCCUGAAGUGGCCGAUGUCAUGGCCAGCAGCCGGAUUCCGUUGUUUGCGGCUGGUGGGAUUGCAGACGGGCGCGGUGUCUCGGCGGCAUUGUGUCUCGGGGCGGCGGGCGCCGUCAUGGGCACUCGGUUUUUGGCUGCCAGUGAAGCGCGCAUUAGCAAGGGUUAUCAGGAUGAGGUUGUUCGUGCGGUUGAUGCUGCAACUUCAACCACGCGUACCCACUUGUACAAUCAUCUCAGGGGUACUUUUGGAUGGCCUGAGGAGUAUAGUCCCCGGACUAUUUUCAAUCAAUCAUAUGUUGAGCAGCAGGAAGGGAAGCCUUUUGAGGAGCUGAAGAAGCUUCAUGAUGAAGCUGUUAAGGAGGGCGAUAAAGGCUGGGGUCCAGGGGGAAGACUAGCGACUUAUGCUGGAGCCUCUAUUGGUUUGAUACACGAUGUGAAGAGCGCAGGAGAUAUUGUACAUGGCAUUCGGGAGGAUACAUUGGGAAGACUCCAGCAGCUGUCUGGCAAUGACUAG